CAACUGCGCACUGCAGGGAGCCUGUGCAGCAAGGGCGGGCCGCAUCUCCCGCUUGGCUGCGCACCAGCAAGUGCUGGCCAGGCCUCCUUUUGAUAUCCAGACACCGCAUAGGUCUCAUUCAGACCUGCCCCGCUGCCUGUGAACGGCCAUCACCAAAAUGCAGGGGCUCGGGGCGGGCACGACCGCCUCGCAGCGGGAGCACAAGCUCCCGCGCGUGACGGGAGUGAAGAACAAGCAGGCGGCGCCCACGCAGAUCACAGCGGAGCAGAUCCUGCGCGAGUCCAAGGCGCUGCAAGAGGCGGAGCAGAAGGCGCCGACCAUUAAAAUCACAGACCCAGAGGAGUUGGCCGAGUACCGCCUGGCGAAGCGCAAGGAGUUUGAGGACCAUGUGCGGCGCGUGGGGAGGUGGAACCCCACGGUGUGGGUCAAGUAUGCGCAGUGGGAGGAGCAGCAGAAGGACUUCCGCCGCGCGCGCAGCGUGUGGGAGCGGGCACUCGAGGUCGACUACAGGAAUGUGAGCGUGUGGCUCAAGUAUGUGGAGAUGGAGAUGCGGCACCGCUUCAUCAACCACGCCCGCAACAUCUGGGACCGUGCCGUGUCGCUGCUGCCGCGCAUCGAUCAGCUGUGGUACAAGUACGUUCACAUGGAGGAGAUGCUGGGCAACGUGGCGGGGGCGCGCCAGAUCUUUGAGCGCUGGAUGCAGUGGGAGCCCGACCACCACGGCUGGAUGGCGUACGUCAAGAUGGAGCUGCGGUACGGCGAGACGGAGCGGGCACGCCAGAUCUUUGAACGAUACGUCAAGUGCCUGCCGUCGGUCAAGGCCUGGGUGCGGUACGCCAAGUUUGAGAUGAAGAGCGGCGGCGACGUGGCGGCGGCGCGCGCCUGCUACGAGCGGGCGGUGGAUGAGCUGGGGGAGGAUGCCAACAAUGAGGAGCUGUUCCUGCGGUUUGCCGAGUUUGAGGAGCGGGUGAAGGAGGCGGAGCGGGCGCGGGCCAUCUACAAGUAUGCGCUGGACCACCUGCCCAAGAGCCAGGCGGGGGAGCUGUACCGCCGCUUUGUGCAGUUUGAGAAGCAGCAGGGGGACCGCGAGGGAAUAGAGGAGGUGAUUGUGAGCGAGCGGCGGUUCCAGUAUGAGGAGGAGGUGAAGCGCAACCCGCUCAACUACGACAGCUGGUUUGACUACAUACGGCUGGAGGAAAGCGCGGGGGACAUUGACCGCACGCGAGAGGCGAGCCCCUUGCCGCGCCCCCCUUUGCUGCACCUCCCUGCCCCCAGCUUCGUGUAUGAGCGCGCGAUUGCAAACGUGCCGCCUGCGCCUGAGAAGCGGUACUGGCAGCGGUACGUGUACCUCUGGAUCAAGUACGCGCUGUUUGAGGAGCUGGAGGCGGAGGAUGUGGAGCGCACGCGCGAGGUGUACCGCGCCUGCCUCAAGCUGCUGCCCCACAAGGCCUUCACCUUUGGCAAGGUGUGGAUCAUGGCGGCGCAGUUUGAGAUCCGCCAGCUGCGCCUGGAUGCGGCCCGCAAGAUCCUGGGCAUGUCCAUCGGCAUGUGCCCCAAGGUGCGGGGUGGGGUGGGUGGGAUGGAGCUGCAGCUGGGCAACAUCGACCGCUGCCGCACGCUGUACCAGAAAUACAUAGAGUGGAGCCCCGCCAACGCGGGCGCGUGGGGCAGGUUUGCCGACCUGGAGCGCAGCCUGGGCGAGGCGGAGCGGGCGCGGGCGGUGUACGAGCUGGCCAUCGCGCAGGCGGUGCUGGACAUGCCCGAGGUGCUGUGGAAGGCGUACAUCGACUUUGAGAUCGGGGAGGGGAACCGGGAGGGGGCGCGCGAGCUGUACGAGCGACUGCUGCAGCGCACGCGACACGUCAAGGUCUGGCUGUCGUACGCCAAGUUUGAGGCCACUCCGCUGGCGGUGCUGGCCAUGCCGGCUGAGGAGGACGAGCAGCAGGAUGAGGAGGCGCGGCAGCAGCAGCUGGCGGAGGCGGAGGAGGCGGAGGGCGGCGAGGCGGGCACAGCGGAGCGCGAGGCGCGGGCGCGGCGCGUGUACGAGCGCGCGUUCCGCGGCCUGCGCGACUCGCAGCCCGAUGCCAAAGAGGAGGCGGUGAUGCUGCUGGAGGCGUGGCGUGCCUUCGAGGCGGCCGCCUCCUCGCGGCCCGCCGAGGAGGCGGCGCGCGCGGUGGCGGCGGUGGAGAAGAAGAUGCCGCGGCGGGUGAAGCGCAAGCGGCCCAUCGUGCUGGACGACGGCAGCCAGCCGGGAGGCAUGGAGGAAUACUACGACUACAUCUUCCCGGACGAGGCGGCGGCGGCGCCCAACCUCAAGCUGCUGGAAAUGGCGCACAAGUGGAAGCGGCAGCGGACCGAGGGCGAUGGCGGCGGCGAUGCCGACGCUGCGGCGGCGUGA